AUGGGCCAGCGAACGUUCACGGUCAUCCCAAAAUACCCAGGUCGUGCGGAUUCUCCCGACAAACCGCCCCUACGGCCCAUGACCUCAAAACAAGUCCGGAACGCCUACAAAGCAGCCAACAAGGGACCUAAACUCACACGGGAAGAAUCCAGGAGACAAGAAAGGGCUGAACAGGAAAGAAUCAGGAAGGAAUUCGAGCGGGAGAAGGCGGCUGCCAAGGCAAAGGUUGCCAGGGACAAGAAGAAGGAGAAAGAGUUAGCGGAGAAAGAAGCGAAACGAAAGAAAGGAUUGCCUUUGGUGAAUGUUCGACCCAGCCAGGAAACGAUUUCAUGGUUUGUGAGAGGGAAUGGUACUUCAAAGAAGAGAGAUGCACAAGGUAAAGACAUUAAAGACGAUAAUGCGACGGCGAAUGAGAGUAAUACGAACACGAAAGAAGCGAUAACGAAUGAAGAACAACCACAACAGCCAGUGACGAAGGCGCAGAAGCUUGAUGAUAUACCAGAAGAUGACGAGGAAAUUUCUGACGCUGCUAUGGAAACCAUUGUCGAGGACCUACCAAAACCUCAAUCAGAAGAAAGGGAAAAAGAGACAAUCGCUGAACAACCAGAAAAAACAGCAGUUCCUUUUGCAUCGGAAACGGCACCAGAAAAACCUUCAAUGCCCGAAAUAGAGCUAGAAGGAUUGGAGGACGAAUUAGAUGCGGAUUUCGAGGAAGAUCUGGCCCUGGGAAUUCUCGAGGAUAUUGAAGCUGCUAUGGGCAAUCCAAAAUCCAACACGAAUGAAGGAGACCAAAAGAUCUGCAACCAAAUACCAGAAGAAGCACUUGCCGCAACGAAGCAACCACUGGAAGUCACUAGGAAUGACAUUCCAAAUCGCUAUGCAGAAGAUUUGGGCUUAAAGCGACCUGCUCCCCCAGUCUCUUUUGCCAAACCUCCUCUUCCACAACGUAAUCUGGAACCACGAUCCCCGAGUCCGCCACACCAAGAACCACCCAUGAGCACGCAGGCGAUUCUCUUCAACCUGGAUGAUUUCUUCCCUUCAUCAUCUCAACAAGUCCGAGAACUUGAGGAAGAGCUGGAUGUGGGCAUACUGCCAUCUGCCCCCUUACACUUGACCCCUAUUGAAGAAGAAGAGGAAGAGGAAUCUUUCGAUGAAGGGCUAGAGAAGUCCUCAGGCCAGCCGCCCUUACCACCACUUGAACCGGCCUCGGACUCGCCACCUCCACCACCAAGACGUUUCUUCACCUCUUCCGGCUCACACGAAAGAAUGUGUCUAGCUAUUCAGAGAAGUCGCCGCACAGCUGCCUUGGAGAAAAUUCAGCAACGCGAGCGAGCUCGCAUGCAUGCUGGUAUGAUAGAGCAAGCUCAAGCAGAGUCUCGCAGAAUGUGCAAAGUGCGUGAACCUAACAGAAAACCACCAGUGUUUUCUGAUCCUCCUCCACAUGUAGCUCACGGCAAUCAACCACGAAAACCUCCAUUCAAGGCACCACCAACAAUACAGAAACCACCACACAGCAGUACGGCUACUUGCGCAAAGCGAACUGAGCCUCAACCAUCUAAACAACCCCCUAAGAAACCCUCAUAUAGAUUAUCCAACAACCCCAACAUUAUGAACCCUCGGAUUCCACCAAAACGAAUAGAGGCUCCGAAACAACAUCUACCACCACUACCGCAAGAAAGCAAAGAAAACCAAAAGCCGCCGCAACAGCCUUUUACACUUAGUGCUUCGCAAGAGUCGUAUGGCGGCGAAUGGGUCGACGAUUUGGACCUAGACCUCAUGAUAUGA